GAUUGCCAUUCCUUUGCGUUCAACCUGAGCAUCCUCCUCCUCCUCCUCCACCUCACACCUUUUGGACAGAAGAGGACGCCCAGCCCAUGGAAAGAGACGCUGUGAAGAUGAAACUCUGACACGCCGACAGACCACAGGAAAACCAGAGCACAACUAUAAUUGCUAGAAGGAAAGAAGCUACCUGGAAGGUCAGCCAAGAAUCCUGCUGCAGGUGCCAAGUGAGAUCUACAGGACUACAAUUACUUGGACAGACUGCGGCGGCGGAGCAAAGUGAAUGACAGGAUCCUCACAGUGACGUGUUGACACUGGACACACUCCAAUCUCGGCGUCAACUACAAAGAGAGUUCCUCCUCUUCCUCCCAACACCUGUGACAUUUGACGUCCAGCCGCUCAGAAAGGUUGUAUCUGACGGAGGGACCGGUGCCGCGCUCUCUCCCAUCACCGCGCUCGCUUCGGCAACAACACUAGUUCAUCCGUCCCUGUGGCAGCAGCAGUGAGUCGAGUGACCCAGCUUCAGCCCGACCGGCUUUACCUGUACAUGGAGACCCCCAGCUGGGCAGGAAACACGUUGUGUAAGUCAGGAAGCAUCGCUGUCUUCGGGAACGUGGUGUACAGCGGACUGCUGAACGAUCACCUCUGGCAUUUGGGAGUGCCCCUCUUCACAAGACUGGGUAACCAAGAGGCCACCAACCCGCCGGAAGCGAUGGCCCAGCCGUACACCCCAGCCCAGUACCCUCCCCCCCCACAGAACGGCAUCCCCGCAGAGUUCGCGGCGCCGCACCCGCUCCCGACACAGGACUACACCGGGCAGAGCCGGGUCCCCGAGCACGCCAUGACCCUCUACACGCCCACACAGACGCACAGCGAGCCGGCCGGCACUGACAACAGCACGCCCGCCAUCACCGCCACCACGACCGCACCGGUCAGUGUCCUCCAUCACCUGCAAACACUGUUCUCAGCAGACUGUCAGCAAACAGAUGACGUGACGCAAACAGAGGGCUCUCAGCAGCUCCAGCUCCAGCACUCGGACUCUUCAGAGAAGCAGCAGCCCAAGCGGUUACAUGUCUCCAACAUUCCCUUCCGUUUCCGGGACCCUGACCUAAGGCAAAUGUUUGGGCAAUUUGGAAAGAUUUUAGAUGUGGAGAUUAUCUUUAAUGAGCGAGGAUCCAAGGGCUUUGGGUUUGUAACUUUCGAAACAAGCACAGAUGCUGAUCGUGCACGGGAGAAACUAAAUGGUACAAUCGUAGAGGGACGCAAAAUAGAGGUGAACAACGCAACAGCACGAGUGAUGACAAACAAAAAAGUGGCCAACCCGUACACGAACGGCUGGAAGCUGAACCCGGUGGUGGGAGCUGUCUAUGGUCCUGAACUGUAUGCCGUAACAGGGUUUCCCUACCCUGCCACAGGAGCUACGGUGGCCUACCGGGGUGCCCACUUGCGAGGUCGAGGGCGGGCUGUGUACAACACGUUCCGCACAGCUCCGCCGCCACCACCCAUCCCGGCUUACGGAGCGGUGGUGUACCAAGAUGGCUUCUAUGGUGCAGAGAUCUAUGGCGGAUAUGCAGCAUACAGAUUCGCCCAGCCCACCACCACCGCGGCUUACAGUGACAGCUACGGCAGAGUCUAUGCAACAGCAGACCCCUACCACCACACGAUUGGCCCUGCCGCCACAUACAGCGUGGGGACUAUGUAAAUACAAAAGGAAGAGCUGUACUCAGUAUUGAUGGACAUCACAGAUGAAAACAACGGAAGACAGGAGAUCUAGCUUUAAGAAAA